AUGAAGCUCUCUCUCGCAACUCUUUCCACGCUCCUAGCGACCGCUACCACAGCAUCGCCUCUUGUUCUCGAACCGCGUCAGCAAUGCAGUACAUCCUGGAGCUACCCGUAUACCGGCAGUGUAGCUCCCAGCAACUACAAGGCCUUUAACCUCGGUAGCUGCACUGCGCAACUCACCUUCAACAAAGACCGAUACGUAGGAGUGCAAUGGGCAUUCGAAGCCAUAUACGCCGAUGGAAGCCGCACUGAAUUGAAGCCCUUUCGCGACUUCGACAGCUUCGGUGUCAGCGAUACCUUCUACCCCUACCUUGGCAACAACUUCCUCACUAAGUAUCCUGGAAACUCGGCGUUCACAGCUGUGCACGAGUUCAGCAGUGUUUGUAAGAACGGCCAGGCACCUGUCUCAUGGCGGUUCUACACCACCUCUGGCACGUCAAAUGGGUGCUAUACAACGGGGCAGAUACGCGCUGUUAGUGGUGUCUCGCGUCCGGCAAAGGUUGCAGGCGUAUCUCUGCGCAGGAGCAAUGAUGCCGGAGAUUUCCAGGUCAGCUGGUCGCCGGUAUCCAGCGCGACUGCGUAUUCCGUCAUUGUGGAGGACGCUUGGAAACAGCAGAACGGCCUCUCCCGCACCGAAGCCAAACGCCGCUACAUCACCACCCUCAUCGACACCAUGCACAAGUACGCCUCACCCUCGCCCGACUCCCGCGAACUAGUCGCGGAGCUAGAAUUCGUCUGGGACCAAGUCAAAUCCAACGUGCCCUCCUCAUCCUCCUCCUCGCCGCUACGUACCUCCGACCACAUAACCCCCGGCUACUCCCAGCACGAACUAGGCCAAAGCGGCCGCGCAGCCAUGAACAUCAGCAACGACCUGGACCGCCCUCGAAACGAGCCCGAACGCCGCGCCGUACCCCUCCGCGUAAAAUCACCAAUGUCGCAAUCCGAAGAAGAGCUCGAGGAAGAAGAAGCGGAAAUCGAGCGUGAAGGCGAGGUCUUCGUCGACGCCCCUGAUAGUCAAUAUAACCCUACAUCCUACCCCGACGACGACGACAACGCCCCCGAACUCGAAGACGCAGGCGUACAAACCGAUUUGCAGCAGUUGAUCCGCGCAGAACCUAUACCUAUCCAGACGCCCACACCCGCGCCACGGAAUAGAGGUAUGGGUGUUCUGGGCAAACCGAUUCAGAUGCCCAUACCCGGUUUCGGCGGCACACCCGCCCCCGCUGCUGGAACCGGUGCCGGCGUAGCGAAAGACAGCUCCCCGAAAGAAUCAGUCGCAGACCAGAAAUGGAGGAAACGCGUUGAGCAAUCGCUCAUGAAGAUGACGGCGGAGGUCGCGGCACUACGCGAACAAUUAGAAGCAAGAAGACUUUUCGCUCAUUCAGUACACUAUCAGCUUUUCAGAGGCGUGUGGAGAUGGGUGUGGGCGUGCUUCAAGCACAUCGCUGUUGAUGUGUUUAUACUGGGUAUAGUGCUGUUGUGGAUGCGGCGGAAGAAGGAUAAGAGGCUGGAAGGGGCGAUACGGGUGUUACUUGGGGAUGCGGUGGCACAGAUGCAGAGGGGUGGGGGGAUGGUUUUUGGAAGGGUUAGGUUACCGCUUUUAAGGGGAGGGAAGAAAGGGGGGACGGGGACGGGGACGUGA